GGCAGGCAGCAGACGACGACGGCAAGAGUCGCGCUGAGAAAGAUGGCCGCCGGAUGCACGGAGGGCGCCGCCGGGAGCGGGGAGACGGUCUGUGUGACGGGCGCCGGCGGGUACAUCGCCUCGUGGCUCGUCAAGCUCCUCCUCGCCCGCGGCUACGCCGUCCACGGCACCGUCCGCGACCUGGCUGAGAGGAAGACCGCCCAUUUGAAGCAGCUAGAGAACGCAUCCGAAAACCUCAAACUUUUCAAGGCCGAUCUCCUGGACUAUGACUCCAUGGCAGCUGCCAUCACGGGGUGCCAGGGAGUUUUCCACGUUGCCACUCCAGUUCCUUCGGGGAAGAUAAUUGAUCCAGAGCGAGAAAUGUUGGGCCCUGCGGUUAAUGGCACCACAAACGUACUCAAGGCCGCCUCAGCUGCGAGUGUGCGGCGUGUGGUCGUCGUUUCUUCCAUGGUGGCUGUUGAGAUCGACCCGAAAGAUUGGCCCAAAGACAAGAUCAAAGAUGAAGGUUGCUGGUCAGACCCAGAAGCCUGCAGGAAUAACCAGGAUUGGUACUCAGUUGCCAAGAUCACUUCGGAACAGGCUGCACUUGAGUAUGGGAAGCAAACAGGGCUGGAUAUUGUAACUGUCAACCCAGCCCUGGUAUUUGGUCCUCUUCUGCAGCCAACGCUUAACACAAGCUGCCAGUUCCUCGUCUACUUCCUGAAAGGGGGUCCUGAUCAAAUGAGGAACAAACUUUGGCACAUCGUUGACGUUCGGGACACCGCCGAUGCUCUUUUGCUGGUCUAUGAGGCACCUGAAAACUCUGGUAGGCACAUCUGCGCACCUCAUUUCAUCAGCACCCGUGACCUUCUGGACUUACUGAAGAGCAUGUACACUGAGUACCCUUUCAUGAGCAAGGAGAGCAUCUGUGACAUGGAUCACCCAGCUCCAAUGACGUCUGACAAGCUGAAGAAACUGGGGUGGAAGGUCAGGCCGUUGAAGGAAACUAUCGCGGAUACCGUUGAGUUCUGCCAGAACGCUGGGUUUCUUGAGGAUGUGGAGGGGAAUCCCUGCCGUUUUCCUGAUAUUUACAACAGAAUCUAACUUAAGAAGGAACCUAGGACCGGAGGAAGCACACGUGCGGCAACUGUUUCGCUUCAGCUGCUUGAUGCUUCUUGUUGAGCAGCAGGAAUAGUUUUUCCAAUAUGGUUUCAUGCAUUCUGAUUUCAACUAUGAGAACCACAUCAAUGCUGAUACAUUUCAUUUUUAAGCAAAAAAAACUUAGAACCCUUAUUUUUAUUUUCCAAAUUCUCUGAA